AUGGCCGAUUCAAGCGAGAAGGCACCGUCUUCGGACGCGACCAAUGCUGUUGAUGACUCCAAUGGGCACUUUAGCUCUGGUGAAUCUGCGCCGGACACUUUAAAGGAAAGUGUGCAGGUUGAAGAUGAGCGAGACAAGUACCGCCAAAUUCAUGGCAUCAAAUGGUCUCUGGCUGUGUUGGCCAUUUUCUCGUCUGUUUUUCUCUUCGGCUUGGACACCACUGCAGUAAGAUUCCAAUAUAACUUUAACCUCCCUGUCGCAAUUACUCAUACAAACUUGUCCACGCAGGUUGCGGAUAUUUCCCCCGCGAUGAUCAGUCGUUUUGGUCAUGCAGAUUUGCUCCCCUGGUUGAGCUCUGGCUAUGCAUUAGGGGCCAUGAACAUUCUGCCUUGGGGAAAGUCAUUCGGUAUCUUUAACCUGAAGUGGACAUAUAUUCUCACGGUUGGCCUGUUUGAGGUGGGGAGUGCCAUCUGUGGUUCGGCACCGAAUAUGACAGCCUUGAUCAUCGGACGAGUGAUUGCUGGAAUUGGAGGAUCGGGCAUGUAUCUCGGUUGCAUCACAUACCUCGCUAUGACCACUAGCCCUCGCGAAGGUCCGCAUUACAUCGGUCUAGUUGGCUUUGUAUGGGGCAUUGGAACUGUUCUAGGCCCGAUUGUCGGUGGCGCAUUCGCAGAUAGCUCAGCAGGCUGGCGCUGGACUUUCUACAUCAACCUUUUGAUCGCUGCUCUAUUUGCCCCCGUUUACUUCUUCCUUCUCCCUAAUAUCGACGCGCAGCCAACAGCGACUUUAUUUGAGAAGCACAAGCAAGUAGACUGGGUGUCCAUCAUCUUUCUAAAUGGAUUCGUUGCAUGCUUUGUCAUGGCCAUCAACUUUGGAGGUGCUGUUUAUGAUUGGGGAUCCGCCCAGGAAAUAGUUCUCUGGGUCAUGACGGCUGUCAUCUGCAUUGGAUUUGUCUUGGUACAGUAUUUCCACCCUCUUGUGAAAAAGGAACAGGUUCUCUUCCCUAGCCAUCUGCUGAAGAGUCCCCUGAUGCUUAAUCUGUCCGUUCAAAUGUUUUUGUCAUCCGGUGUGCUACAAGGCGCCAUCUACUACAUUCCCUUGUACUUUGAAUUUGCGAAGGGCGAUAAAGCACUCGACGCCGCCGUACGGCUUCUACCUUACGUUUUCAUGCUUGUCGCUGGCUGCUUGAUCAACGCUGCUCUUAUGGUUCGAUUUGGAUACUACAUGCCCUGGUACUUUGGGGGUGGGGCGUUGGUAGUAAUUAGUUCAGCACUGAUGUGCACCGUCAAUGCGAAUACCUCCAACUCUACCAUUUACGGAUACACUGUGUUGUUGGGAAUCGGCGUCGGCUCCUACUGCCAAGCCAGCUACAGUGUAUCCCAGCAGUUGGUUCCAAUGACCGAGUUGACUAAUGUUGUUGGCUUGAUGAGUAUAUCGCAAUUCCUUGGAAUUUUGUUCUUCUUGGCGAUCAUGGGAACAUCCUACCAGAAUCUGGUAAUUGAGAAGAUCCACAAGCUUUUGCCCAGUGCUAGCUAUGCCGAAGUUCGUCAGUUUAUUGCUGGAACCAGCUCCAGCCUCAGCGACAGCUUAACAAGCUCCCAGUCCACCGCCGUCAUUGAUGCUAUCAUCGUUGCCAUGCGAUCCGUUUGGAUCUUACUUGCUGUUGCAGGUGGCAUUUGUGUGGUGUUGUCUCUUUUCCUAGGGGUGGCUCUUUCUGCACAGAUUGGAAUUGUGGCUAGCACUGUCAAACCCCCCUCCGGUGUGAGCGAUGUCUGGUCUUUUUGGGAGUGA